UAUGGCGCGGAUGGUCCUGCAGCAAGCUUUCAAUCCAGGCACGUGUGCACUCGCUUUGUCUGUUAUUCACCUGACAGAUUGACAUCUCUUUAGUUGCGCCCAAUCAAGCUAGAUAGGACGUAGCCAGCGAGCCAAGAAGCCAUAAAAUGGCGCUCGCAGUUUCCUAUGAGCAGGCGAUAAGCUGCUGCGCGUCAACCCGAUUUGCGCAGCAGCUCUCUGCACACGCACCAUAUUCAGAUAUUGACGCGCUAGUCGCAACAGCACGGCGUAUCUGGUGGACGCAAACUGGUGUGCCGGGAUGGUUGGAGGCCCUUGCAGCGCACCCUAAAAUUGGUGACAAGAAGGGCAUGGAGGGAAAGCCGGAGGCGUUCGCGGGCUUCAGCAGGAACGAGCAAGCAGCUUCCAAUUCCAGCCUCAGCGGCGAUGUGCAGGCCGAGCUGACGGAGUGGAACCAACGCUACCUGGAGAAGUUCGGCUUCAUCUUUAUCAUCUUCGCGAAGGGCAGGUCCGCGCCUGAAAUCCUGGCCGCGCUGAAGAAGCGCUUUAACCGCCUGCCCCACGAGGAGCUGCACACCGCCGCGGCGGAGCAGAUGAAGAUUACAGAGCUGCGCCUGUCGGGCCUGUUCGCCCUGCCCCCCGACGCCGCGGACCGCGCGGCGCGCCGCGCCGAGCAGGUCCUCACGCACCUGGCGCCCGGGCACGGCGGCGCGCCGCUUCGCUCGCCCAUCACCACGCAUGUCCUGGACACAGCAACCGGCCUGCCCGCGAAGGGCCUGCCGCUCGCGCUGUCGCGCCAGGACGAGCUUUCCAAGGUGUGGGAGACGGUCGGCGAGGGCGUCACCAACGAGGACGGCCGCGUCGGCAACCUGCUGCCGCCGGGCAAUUACAUCCAGCCCGGCCGGUACCGCAUGUUCUUUGACACGGCCGCCUACCUGGGCGCCUGCAAGGCCGCGCACCCCGCAUUUUACUCGGAAGUCCCCUUCUACCCCGAGGUGGUAGUGGAGUUCAUCAUCACGGCCGACAAGGCGUCCGAGCACUACCACAUCCCGCUGCUGCUCAGCCCCUACGGCUUCUCCACCUACCGCGGCAGCUGAGCGCAUUGCUGGCAGUGCUGGUGGCGAUGGCGGAGCUGGUGGAGGUGGCGGAGCUGCAGGGCGACGGCGCCUGCUGAUGUGGCGCUGCAUGGCAGUAGUUGGCGGCAGUAGCUGGCGGCAGUACCUGGCGGCAGUAGCUGGCGGCAGUAGCUGGCGGCGGUUGCUGGGGGCAGCAGGAGGGCGAGGGGCAGUUACCACGGGUGGUUAGGUCGAGGCGCGAAGAACUCAUGGCAACGCAAUGCAGUGUGCAUAACGGAGGCGAGUGGGUGAUGCGCUUGUACGGCAGAAGCUAAGGAGCUGGGCGGGUGACGGUGUGGGCGACAGCUCAUCACAGCGAAGGGGCCGGACUGGUGCAUGCGAAACCUACGCAAAGGAGAGCCAACAGGGUCCCUGGGGCAGGGGUCCCGCGCAUGUGUAUGCGUAUGACAGAUAAAAAAAACAUGCAGGGCGCGGGUGGGGAGCAGCCCGCAGGGCCUGACUUGUUGUGGUGCACGCGCAGCUGAUUGUGUGCAGCGAUGCGGCGGCGUCGGUACUAAGGGCACGCAGGAUUGCGUGGGGGCCUGCAGGUCUAGUGCGAAGUGGUACUGACCAGUACAUUAUCGGAUACGGUGGUAGGUGCGGACGGUGCCUACUGCGGCACUCGUGUGGCGCGGGGCCGACGAGGUGCGGAGCGGUAUGGGUGCUUGCUUGCCAGGCAGCUCACGCUGGGGCUGCAAAGCAUUGACCAAGCGCUCGUCGGGGUUGAUGGCGAUUGGGAGGCGUUCGGUUGUUGGACGGAGAGGUACAGCUAUAAGCGCCGUGCUACAGCUAUAAGCGCCGUGUGGAAGGUGUUAUACGGUAUCUGCCGUGCUGAGGACGCAACGGCAAGGGAUGGCGAUACCGAUGACUGGAUCGCGAUCAGAUUAUCCUAAGCGCCUUGACUCGUGUAGGCUUUGGGCCGCGGAUGUAUGUUGAGGAGCCGGGCGGCCUAGCAUGAGCACGCAACUGAUGCAAAGUAGGCGUCGCAGUGCGCUGCUUUCACUGCGGUAGUCUUGAUGCUGUGUGCACUGUAAACCCUUGCAAAC